AUGAGGCUGCUCGCGCUCAUCGCGGUCCUUCUGGCCGUCGUGUCGCCCAUCCGGGCUGCCCAUCCGCGAAGCAUGAAAGGGCUCGGGCUCAUCUCGUCGUUUUUCAGCGGAGCUCACCAGGGCAGCGCGCAGGUGCUGUGCUUCCCGGGGUCGGCCUCGUGCAAGUCCAGCUCCGUGAGGGCGGCCACGACCUGUUCCUCCUCGAUGUACGCUUCGGGCUCGUGCGGCACGAGCGCAUCCAGCGGCUCUCUGAACAUGGCUGUCGCGGUCGCGCGGCCUGUGGUGGCAACUGCGGCGACGACGACGGCGUCCGAGGUCAAGUGCGUGACCUGCGAGGCCUCGCAGCCGACGGUUCCGCACGUGUCCUGGAAGCAGCUGACGACCACCAAGUCUGUGCCCGUGACGACCACGGAGGAGCAAAAGUCCUGGUUCUGCGACGGCGUGUGGAGCACUACGGCGUGCGUCGACCACGAGGUCGAGGAGACCACGUACACUCCGCCCUCGCCCGUGCCGUACGUCUCCGUCGUCUCGUGGGAGAGCUCCGGGGUCAACGUCUGCUGGGACAAGCCCCUGGACGACGGCGGCUGCAAGAUGUCGUACGUCGUCAAGGUGCAGCAGGGCGACCAGGUGGCGACGGUGUCGCCCGAGGCGCAGUUCGACCAGUGCCUGGUCAUCAGCCAGCUCGACCCGUGCGUCACGAACCUGAUCAGCGUCAAGGCCGUGAACUGCGUGGCCGAGGCCGAGGCCGCCUCCAUCACCGUCGCGGCCGGAUCCUAUGCCGAGUGCGGCGCUGCGUACGAGGUCGUGAAGCGCACGGUGACCGAGGUGCCCGCGCAGACCAAGAUCGCGCAGGUCCAGAAGACCACCGUGAAGCAGGUCACCGAGACCAGCCUCGUGCCCGUCGUCGAGCACACCACCGCAGCCCUGUGCAGCUCGUGCCAGCAAGGCGUGCUCUCGAGCGUCGUGCCCGCACAGGUGCUCGUGAGCACGUACGGCAGCCUGGAGGCCUACAAGAAGCAGUACCUUGAGUCCCUGCAGCAGACCAACACCUGCACCGCCACGCAGCGCCUCGACGCGCUCUGCACCGACACCUGCGCGCUCGCAAGGGACGGCAUCUGCCAGGAGGGCGCUGGCUGCGCCGCUGGUACCGACUGCUCUGACUGCCAAGCAGUCCCCGCCGGCGACGACGCCCUGCAGCUCGCGCGCCUCGCGGUCCAGAACGCACUCCUGAGCUGCCAGCGGUCGAGCUACUCGCUGGCCAACUCCAUGCAGCGCGCGCUCUUCUACGACGCCGCGGGCUUCACGUGCGGCGCCGCCGCCGCCACGUGCGCCGACGGCGGCGUCAACGGCUCCGUGCAGUUCGAGGACCUCGACGAUGACGUGGCGCAGGCCGUCGCCGUCCUGCAGGACAUCCGCGCGCAGCUCAACGCGCAGCACAAGGUGCAGGUGUCCCUCGCGGACCUCAUCGUGGUCGGCGCUGCGGAGGGCUGCGCGUGGCUCGGCGGCCCGCAGACCAUCGUCCGCCUCGGCCGUGCCGACGCCGUGGCCGCCGACGCCGGAGUUAGGCAGGUUGUCGUGAACAAGCAGUUCCACCACGACUCCAAGACGCUAUCGUCGGUGCUGCACGGCAGCAUGGGGCUCGAGCUCGGGCACGCCGCGGCGCUGACGGCCGGCAACGCGUUCGGGGCCCUCCAGGGGGCGUCCCAGGUGGUGGACUUCUCCGGCGUGAAGACGUUCGUGGCCGCGGCGGCGAACGGCGAGGCGGAGAGCCUGUGCGGGUCCAGCUGCGGCCAGGUCGCGACCACGCUGACGGGCUCCGCGGACUUCUCGAGCUUCGUGAACACGUGGGCCUACAACGCGCAGAGCUUCACGAGCGCGUACGCCGGCGCGCUGCAGUCGCUGGGGACGCUGGGCUGCGUGUGGAAGUGA